AUGGAGGCCCCAACUCCAACCCCACAAUCCCGAAUUUUGGGCCGCUCCUCCUUGUUCUGCUUUUUCCGUAGCCUGGUGGGGAGCAAGAGCAGCCCGAGGGACUCUGACAAGGCCCUGGUGGGGGGCUGGAUGUGCUCCUCCCGGGGGCAAGAAGCCAUCCCCCUGAUGAUGGACCGGCCCACCACACUGACCUGUGCCCUCUCUGUGGCUACGCCCAAGGGCCCCCAGCACCUACCAGGGCACGAUCCGUCGGGGCUAGGGCUGGGGGACUUGGGGGCCCAGACCUCCACCCCUAUAGAGGUCCUUCAAGUUGUGACCCAGAGCAGAAAGGUGAGGUCAGUCCUGCCCAGAGGAGGCCAGGAGGUGCUGGGCAACCUGUCUGAGAAGGAGGAGAAGGAAGAGGAGGAGGAGGAGGCAGUGGGGGAGGCCUCUGGGGAUACAGGGGCCACAGGCAGGGGCUACUUUGCCCAGGCCCUCGAGGUGGAGCCAGAACACCUGCGGAGGGCAAUGGGGCCCCUGGAGGUCAAGCCCAAGGCCUUCACCAGGGAGGAGGAGAAGGAGUGUCUGCUUGAUGGAGACCUCACACUGGCCUCCUCGAAGGCAGGGGCAACUCCCUGGAACCACCUCCUCAGCAUGUACAAGCAGCUCCAGAAAUCAGCCAUGACCAAGUUUCCUUUCAAGGAAGGCUUGCCUGGUGAGGAAGAGAAAGGGGAGGAGGAGGAAAUGGAGGAAGAGGUUAACUAUGUUGACCUCUGGGUCCCAGGCACUGCCACCCUCCAGUCACCACUGCAUAAGACUUUUAGGUCGGCAGAUACAGUGGGUUUCAUGGAGUCGGAGGUGAAGAAGCUUCUGGCAGUACAACGGGAGUCCCGCCUCUGGAAGGAAAGCAGCCAGGACGUUCUGGAGUUGCUGACCCGGCCAGAGUUCAUGCUGGAGGAGGUGGGCAUCGUGGAUGGCCUGCACCUGCUCCUUGAGGAGAUGGACGAGAUGGGAAACUGGUCUACAGAGUGA